UUCCAACAGCAAAAUCAUCCAUUUCCAUUUGCCUUUGCUUCUUCACUCUCUCUCUCUUUGUCUCCCUCAACAAUGGCUGCUUUGCACUCUUAUCUGCUCACACCACCCAAUCUUCUCUCCCUCACAACUCCAUCUUCUUCCACAACCAGCAACCUGCAACCCCGUCAUCUCAGGUUGGCGCCUUCUCUCGCACGCCCACUCCGUUUACGAAGACCCUUUGCGGUGGCGGAGCAAGCUGCGGCCACCCAAUCUGAGGCUGACCGGAGACUCUACGUUGGCAACAUUCCUCGCACUCUCACCAACGAUGAGCUUGCAAACAUUGUUCAAGAACAUGCUGCUGUUGAGAAAGCAGAGGUCAUGUAUGAUAAAUACUCUGGAAGGAGCCGUCGCUUUGCAUUUGUUACUGUGAAAACUGUUGAGGAUGCAAAUGCAGCAAUUGAGAAACUUAACGGCACACAAAUUGGAGGACGUGAGAUUAAAGUAAAUGUAACUGAAAAACCUUUAACGACAGUAGAUUUUCCUCUAGUCCAGGCUGAGGAAUCCAAAUAUGUUGACAGUCCCUACAAGGUAUAUGUGGGAAAUCUGGCUAAGACAGUUACAAGUGAUAUGCUCAAAAACUUUUUCUCUGAGAAGGGAAAAGUGCUUAGUGCCAAGGUUUCACGGGUUCCUGGGACCUCAAAGUCCAGUGGCUUUGGUUUUGUUACUUUUUCAUCAGAUGAGGAUGUAGAAGCUGCAAUCUCAUCCUUCAACAAUGCUCCAUUGGAAGGACAAAAAAUUCGUGUGAAUAAGGCGUAGAGAAAUUAGCAAUGUUGCAGAGCAUGUUUGACCAGGUGUCCUCUAGCAGGAGCAGAGUAUAAUUUUGUGUGAAAGUUGAAAUCACAUACAAAUUGCCUUGUUUGUUGUACAGCAAACCUACUCAUUCUCAGAUGAUUAAGUUCUAAGAAAAUGUAUGAGAGUAUCAUAGAGCUUAAUGCUUCUGUUGCAGGCAGUGUACCUCUUCUAGUCCAGGAUUUUGAACCCUCACCACUUCAUGAUUAUGUUGCUCUUUUUUUUCUCUUCCUCAAUUUGGCAAGUCUUGUUGCAUGUAUUCAAUUCCCUUUUAAUGUUUGAAUGUGAAAUCCUAAUCUCCUACGAACAUGCACGUUGAUAUGUUGGAGUUCUUGUGCUAUAGUUUGUCAUUGCAUAGAGCAUGAUUCCUCCACGAAUUUCGACAGAUUAUUGUACAUCUUUAUUAGAGUAUAACAUCAACUUAGCAAAUUUGGAAUGAA